AUGUGGAUCCAUCGACAAAAGUUGCUCGAGGACAGUCUGUCAAUUCAGAAAUUGUUUCAUGAGGCCAAACAACUCGAUGCUAUGAUGGGCCGACAAGAAGGACGUUUGAUCGACAAAGACCUGCUCAAACAUGCAUCCACUGGGCAUUUGCAUUGUGUGAAUGUACGACUGCAAACAGUGAAUAUCCAGUUAGAGGAGAGCAAAACCAAAGAGAAACUUUUAGACGAGUUGAAGGAGCAUGCAGCCAUUCUGCAACAGGCCUCUCCCACGACGAUAAUGAAAGUUGAUCAGGGACCGGAUCUGAACACUUUGGAAAAGCGUUACUGGUUGAUACGGCAUGAGGUGGAGAAACGUUCGGCACAGAUCAAUGCACAAAAAUACUAUCACCGAUUGUUAUUCGAUUUGGGAGACGAACAAAUAUGGAUUCGUGAACGAAUUAACGUGGCUAACAAUCAGGAUGUUGGUCGAUCACUGCUAGCCGUGAAUCAUCUCAUUCGACAGCAUCGUUCGAUGCUCCAAGAAGUUGCCGUGCGGGAUGCACAUGUGGAAUCACUGCUGAAAUUGAUUUACGCGGUUCGACGUCAUACAUAUUUGGCUCGAUGUGAGGAACUACACGAAUUUAUCAGGGAGAAAGCCACACAGCUUCCGGACGACGUUGGUGCGGACUUCAAGAUCAUUUGUCAACAGGUCUCUCAACAGAACGCAUUCGAACAGGACUUCCAAGCAACGGAACUACAGGUGCAGAUGAUCAACCAAACUGCGGAACAAUUACUGCCAUUGUAUGCUGGCAAAUGGACAAAAUCACUCGUGCCGAAAUCGGAUACAUGUGGUCCACAGAAUCGAUUCGUGCUAGUCUAG